AACUCUACUUUGGGCGGCGAGGGUCGGAACGAUGGAGGAGAAAAGCUGGGUCAAAGGAAUGAAGGGCUGCUGGAAGGGACAGGGGUGACCGGCGAAGUAGUGGAGCGAGAGGGAGAGAGCGGGCAGAGGAGGUGGCGGAAGGGGAGGGGGAGACGGAAGACGAACAAGAAGAGGAAGCAGAGGAGGAGGAAGAAGAAGAGGAGGAGGAGGAGGAGGAGGCCUGCCCCCACAGCAGCAACUGCAUCAACAGCAACUGCUGCAAUAGCCGCCACCACUGCUGCAGCAGCUGCCGCAGCAGCAGUGGAGGGAUCUCUGAGAGAGCGAGCAGGGGCAGCAAUGGACCCUGUCGAACUCUUAAAGAGUGGUGGCGAAGCUGCUGGAUUUGAUGCUGCUGGGCGUGGUGAUGCUCCGGGUGGGAUGGGGGGUGUGGUGUUGGAGGUACGGAACAACAACAGCAGCAACAGCAGGAACAGCAGGAGCAGCAGCGGCGACAGCAGCAGCAAGAGGCCACCUCCUCCCAGUGGGGCCGGCACGAGGGUCCUCAAGGACCAGAAUCAAGGCAGCACUGCUGGUCCCUCCGCUGCUGUAAAUGCUGCUGCUUCUGCUGGGGAUCAUGAUGCUGAUGCUAGUGCUGCUCCACACAGUGACACUAGUGCUAGUGCUCCUGCUCCUCCUGCUGCUGCUGCUGCUGCUCGUUGUUCGAGCUCCUCUGGAAGCACCCCACCCCCUCGCCUUGCCAGCGCAAUGCAAGCAUCCCUCGGGGCCCUGAUAGUGUCCGCAGGCGCUGUUCCGUGCCUGCUCUCGGUGGUGCGGGAGCAAGAUUCGAAGUCCAUGCUAGCAGAUGACUGCGUGCUGCUGCUCUCAUCACUGGCGUCCGUGCGGGAAGGGCAAGAGGCUAUUGUGGAGAGCGGAGGAAUUGCGGUGCUCGGGAGAGUGCUGGAGGAUGGGACUAUGCUGGGCAGGGAGAAUGCCGGGGCAGCGCUGCUGCUGCUGGCAAAGGCAGAAGCGGAGUGGUUGAGGGCUAUUGUGGCAGAAGCAGUGCUGCCGGCUCUGAUAGAGGUUGUGGAUGGGGUGGGGCAGAGCAGCCGAGCUCGGACUAAGGCUCAGGAGCUGCUGAAUCUGGUGAGAGGAGCCCAGCGGCGGUCGUUUACGGUGCUGGAUAAAGUCAAGCAGCAGCUGAAAAGCAAUCCUCAGUACACCGUGCAGAUUGACACGUCUACCCCUGCUGCAAGCUCCGGUGUUUCUUCCCCUGCUUAUCCUCCUCGUGCUGCGCACUAGACUGGAGUUUCCAAACCACAUGAAUAGCAAAGGUUGCGGCACUAGCAAUAGUGAACAUUUGUUGUAGAUCCUAACCUCGUGUCUGCUUUCCAUAUGUAGUACAAGCAGGUACACUCCAGCCGAAGGAUUAUG